GUUUAUACAAGAGCAUGGACAUAUGGCAUCAUUUGUUAUCAUGCAACCCUUUUUUUUAUUGUGUAAAUAAAUCAAAAAUAUUAAAUAUCUUAAAUGUUUUUGUUGUUUUCCCUAAAAUAAGGGGGUAUUAACAAUUAAUGGAGUGUUAAUGGUUAAAAAAGUACAAAGAACGAAUCUGAAAUUCAGUAUAAGCUAAGAAAUAACAUAACACAAACCAGAAAAAUUGUUAUUCAAAUUUUUGAACUUUGUUAACAAAUUUAUUGAAAACUAUAAUUUUGCCGCAAAAAAAAACUCUAUAGCCCAUAUUUAAAUUAAUCCUAAUUUGGGUAUUGAGCGCGAUCAUUAAUAGACACUAUAGUGAUAAUAUGAACGCAGUUAUAGCGCUCUGUCAUUUUUGCGAGGCACAUGGCCCGAGUGCUAUAUUUUGUACGCAAACAUUACGAGAUACUAAGCUUGAAGAACUGUCCUUGAAUCAACAACAUGUAGAAAAUAAACUUUGUUCUGCAUGCAAUUCGUUAGGACAAACUAAUGGCAUGUACAGUACAGACACUGAAAGUGGCGCUACUUUUUUAAGCACACAGAUAGCUGCUUUGCCGGAUGUACAAUUGCUGGUUAAACAGGCAGCUGUGAGAAGCCUCAGCUGCGAAAUUAAUUCCAAUAAAGAUGGAGGUUUUGUAUUUUUUGGUGACUCCUCUAGGGGACAUGUGUUAAGUCACACAUUUCAAGUGAACGAUUUACAGGCACGCGGAUUCUACCAACUCUUCUCAAUAAUUGUUAUUAUGAAGGAUAAGUAUUUUCUCUUAAACACAAAACCAUUUCUAGCAGAACAUCUGCGCAAAAUAUCCGCCGACAUACAAGCUUCUGCCAAGAAAAUUAAUGAUGAGACAAAAGAAUUACCGCGUCAACGUCGUUUAUCCAGUGCACAAGUUUUGGUACAAACACCACGCUCUUUAGUAGAACUUACUGGCGAGGAAAAUAUAUUUGCAUUCUUGCAUUCACAUUUUUCAUGGAUAUUGUUGGCCGGCUCACGAUUUCUGACGGAACAUGUGACUUUCGGCAAUUUGCCGUGGUUACCACCGCAAAGCAGUGACCGGCCACCGCAACAGCGUUUGACUUAUAACAUAACACUGCCAAUGAUACAAAAGUACGAAGAAACCAUUAAUGAUCCGGAGCGUGAAGAAUUUUAUUCGCUAAGACAUGUAAAGGAAGUCGUGCGGCGAGAGUUCAACACAAUCGUUUAUUGCGCGCUAACUGGAAUAAAAAUAAUUGUUCGUGGUAGUUCAGAUCGCACGUUAAACUUUAUGUUGUGCUUGAAAAAACUACUUCCAGAACCAAUGCAUAAUCUCAUGCGCAUUGAUGCUCAGCAUCAGCACUCUAUUAGUUCCGAUUAUAAAAUAAUAUCUGUUUCAAACGAAAUAGCAGUACCUAUGGCAUGUAGUUCUGUGUAUCGUGUAGACUUUUUAGAUGAUUCUGCUGAUGGUCAGAAGGUUUGUGUGAAAUGGCCAGGAGAAUUGCCGCGAAAAUGGCCAGACUUGAUGGUAAAAUUAAUGAAGGCAGUAGACGAGAAACGUUUUACACCGCUGGUCUUAAAUAAGCAAACAAGAGUUUUAAUGGAAGAGUGGAAAAACAAAGUCAUAUGUCUAAAUCAGGCAAAAUCGUCCAAUGGCCAAGCGAAACUAAGAAAAGCUUUAGGCGUACAACCUCAAGACCAACCGUUAAUAAAUUACUGGAGUGGACAUUUGCAAUAAGACCGCAUAUACAUAUAUGUAGAAAGCUGCGUCAAAUAAUGUUUGUAAUAUGCACAUGACUAUAUCAAAGUAAUAUAAAGUAAUGCUAAUAUGUACAUAUAUACAUUACAUUUUAAGUCAAUUUGAUAUCUUAUGAAAAAAUUUGCGAAUAUUCUUUUGGUUGUAAUUUCAAUAAUCUCUUAAUAAAUGCAAUAGUUUUUUAACACAAAAUGUUAAAAAACUUUUAGAGCACAU